AUGGGUAAUGCAGGAUUUAUAUCAUCAACCGCAUCAAGCUCCUUCCAGGCUGCUGAGGGCCUCGUGCCGGAUUGGAACAGCUUCGUGUCUCUCGAAGCUCUGGGAACGCUGGAGCGCUUCUCAGAGUUGGGCUACCGCCCCACGUCUGGCUUUGAACAGGCCUUUGCCCGCGCUCUGCAUCACCGGGAUAAGGAGGUGCGGGAAAAAGCUGGGGCCACCCUCUACCGCAGUGCGAACACCUCCGGGCACGAGGAGGCAGCUGCCCAGGCGAUCGCCGAACUCUUGGCCUAUGUCGACCUGGAUGUGAAGGACGAGGCAUGCCUACUGCUCAAGCGGCUGGGGCCCACGAGCAUCUCUGUUGGUGCCGUGAGCAGCCGGAUCUCGCAAGGCUACGACGAGCCCACGCGCUGCGCGGCCCUGACCGCACUGGCCGAGUUUGCAAAGGCAGGGGAGGAGCACCCACCUGGAACGGCCGUGGAGGGCGACGAGCGUGAGAAGGAGAAGGAGAGCACCAAUGAGAUACGAAAGGUGCAAGAACGGAGCCAGUGGGCUAUGAAAGCCGCCCAGGCUACGGCCCGUCUUGGGCUUCAGGACCCAGCGGCUGUGGUGAGACAGGAAGCCAUCGGAGUCAUGGGAGGUUUCGGACCAGAAGCAUGGCAACAAGCGCUUCAGACGGUGCAGGGCAUGUUGGAGAGCCUUGGCGGCAAACUUGUUCCUUUUUUUAUUUCUCCAAUAAUUGGUCUCUCCUGA